GCAGCGAGAAAAACAACCCCAGAGAGGAAAAAGGAAGAAGCGACGGCUAAAAGCGAGCGAGGAGGAGGAGGAGGAGGCAGCCCCACCGGCUGGGGGGGGGCUCAGGGACCCCCCAAGGCACCCAUCGCAGCCCCCCCAUGGGCUCCUAAGUUGCCAGCAUGGCCAAAGCCACCUCGCUGCACUGCCGGGUGGUGGAAGGGAAGGACCUGCCUGCCAAGGACGUGUCCGGCUCCAGUGAUCCCUACUGCAUGGUGAAGGUGGACAACGAGGUUGUGGCCAGGACAGCCACAGUGUGGAAGAGCCUGAAUCCUUUUUGGGGUGAGGAAUACACCCUGCGCUUGGCCCAUGACUUCCACAACCUCGACAUCUACGUGCUGGAUGAAGACACCAUUGGGCAGGACGAUGUUAUCGGCAAGGUCUCCCUCAGCCGCCAGCAGAUCUCAGCAGAGCCGCGGGGUGUUGACAGCUGGAUCAGCCUGGCGCCCGUGGACCCCAACGAGGAGGUGCAGGGUGAGAUCCACCUGGAGCUGUGCAUCCCUGAGCACCCGCGGGUGCUGCGCUGCCGCCUCAUCGAGGCCAGGGACCUGGCACCCCGAGACCCCUCGGGCACCUCGGACCCCUUCGCCAGGGUGUCGUGCUGUGGGCACACCUUGGAGACAGCCGUGAGUCGGGGUGCUGGGAUCCAGGGGUUCAGGCACCUGGUGUCCCCUCCUGCCACCACCCACCCCUGUCCCCAACAGGUGAUUAAGAGAACCCGUUUUCCACACUGGGAUGAGGUGCUGGAGUUCGAGGUGGCGGAGGGCAAGCAGGGGGACGCCGUGCUGAGCGUGGAGGUGUGGGACUGGGACAUCGUGGGCAAGAAUGACUUCUUGGGACGGGUCGAGUUCCCGCUGGACACCAUCCGUGCAACCCCCUCCAAGGGCUGGUUCCAGCUCCUGCCCUUCCCCAGCGCCACCGAAGCCCACGGGGCGCAGCUGGGUGCCCUGCGGCUGGCGGUGCGGCUGGUGGAGGACACAGUCCUGCCCCACCUCUACUACCAACCCCUCAUCCAGCUCCUCGCAGAGCCCAUCCUCUGCCCUGCCCAGCCUGCCACCGGCACAGCCCUGGCCAUCCUGGAGGAGGUGACCUCAGGGGAGAGCAGGCAGGACGUGGCCACCAAGCUGGUGAAGAUCUUCUUGGCGCAGGGGCUGGCUGUGCCCCUCCUGGACUAUCUCACCACCCGCGAGCUGGCCAGGACCACGGACCCCAACACCCUCUUCCGCUCCAACUCGCUGGCCUCCAAGUCGGUGGAGCAGUUCAUGAAGGUGGUGGGGUUGCCCUACCUGCAUGAGGUCCUGAAGCCCGUGGUGAACCGCAUCUUCGAGGAGAAGAAGUACGUGGAGUUGGACCCAGGCAAGAUGGAGCUGAGCCGUAGCAGGAGGAUCUCCUUCAAGGGGUCCCUGUCGGAGGCGCAGGUGCGGGAGAGCAGCCUGGAGCUGCUGAAGGGCUACCUGGGGGACAUCGUCGAUGCCAUCGUGGGUUCAGUGGAGAAGUGUCCUCUCCUCAUGAGAGUGGCCUUCAAGCAGCUCCGCAGGCGGGUGGAGGAGCGGUUCCCCUCAGAGCAGCACGAGGACGUGCGGUACUUCUCCAUCAGUGGGUUUGUCUUCCUCCGCUUUUUUGCUCCCGCUGUCCUCACCCCGAAGCUCUUCAGCCUCCGGGAGCACCACGCUGACCCCCGCACUGGCCGCACGCUCCUGCUGCUCGCCAAGGCGCUGCAGAGCAUCGGCAACCUGGGGCUGCAGCUGGGGCAGGGCAAGGAGCCCUGGAUGGCCCCGCUGCAUGCUGUCCUGGUGCCCAGCGUCGCCCGCGUCAAAGCCUUCCUGGAUGGCCUGGUCACGGUGGAGAGCACUGAGGCGGCAGCAGCAGCAGGCGAGGGGACGGUGCCACCAGCGCUCUUCCACCCCUCUGCCACCAUCAAGGAGGGGUACCUGCACACCCGCGUGGCGGGGGCGCCCGCCCUGCUGCCCCGCUUCAAGAAGAAGUACUUCUGGCUCAGCACCGAGGCUUUGACCUACUCCAAGUCACCCACGUGGCAGGUGCGCUCCUCCAUCCCCGUGUCGCAGAUGCGGGCAGUGGAGCGGGUGGAUGAGGGCACCUUCCAGCACCCCCACGUCCUGCAGAUCGUGGCGCAGGAUGGCGAGGGGCAGCUCAGCACCACCUACAUCCAGUGCAAGAGCGCCCAGGAGCUGUGGCAGUGGCUGUGGGCGCUGCGCCAGGCCAGCAGCGGCAAUCAGGCCAUGCUGCCCACUUGCCACCCGGGCACCUUCCGUGCCGGCCGCUGGACCUGCUGCCUGCAGCCCGACGCCAGCGCGCCGGGGUGCAGCCGGACACACCGCACCGUGGCACUGGGUGACUGGAAUGACCCCCUGGACCCCGCAGCGGCGGCGCAGACCCUCUAUGGGCAUCUCCGGCGAGCAGGGGCUCGGGCAGCGGGCGCUGAGGGACCCGAGGGCUGCGCAGAGUCUGAGCCCCCCUGCCCGGGGCAGGCAGACGGAUCCGUGGCGGAGCGGCUGCAGGCCGUGCUGCGGGACCUGGACAUCGCCCACGACGCCUUCGCCCGCCGUGACGGCCCCCCGAGCCCCCCUCCGCCCCCGAGCGCCUCCCCCGCCCCACCGCCCGGGACCUGAACGGCUGCGGGGACUACAUCUCCCAUCAUGCCCCGCGCCUUCCAGCGCGCCAGAUCUACUCUUGCGCGCCGCGGGGCAUUCUGGGAGAUGUAGUCCGCGCAACCCACCGCCUCCUCUCGGUAGGGACCUCAUCCCACCCGUGUCCCGCGGGGGAUGCUCGUGGGGGCUCCCCCGCACACGUGUGUGCAAACACACACACACACACACACACGCUCUCUCCUCUGCCCACGGGGGUGCUCCAGGCCUCCCCAGCACCCCCACAGGGGCCGGACACCCACCCCCAGCGACUCCCCCAGUGGGGUGGGAUCCUGCAGCGAUGCCACCCAGCACCCAGGAGGGAGGCGUGGGGACACAGCGGGGACACUGACCCGGAGCGGGGU